CUGCGGCCGGACUCGGAUGUGGCGGCGGCCCUGGUGAGGGCGUGGGGAAGGGUGGGGUGAGGGGGCGAGGCCGCGACGAGGGCGGCGAAACUCUCCUCCCCUCUGCCCCACCGCGUGGGACGGCGUGAACUCGGUGUCGGAGGGAUGUCCGCUUUCUCCGAGGCGGCGCUGGAGAAGAAGCUCUCGGAGUUGAGCAACUCGCAGCAGAGCGUGCAGACCUUGUCCCUGUGGCUCAUCCACCACCGCAAGCACUCGCGGCCCAUCGUCACGGUGUGGGAACGGGAGCUGCGCAAAGCCAAACCAAACAGGAAGCUUACUUUUCUCUACCUAGCCAAUGAUGUCAUUCAGAACAGCAAAAGGAAGGGGCCGGAGUUUACAAAAGAUUUUGCACCAGUUAUAGUGGAGGCUUUUAAGCAUGUUUCAAGUGAAACUGAUGACAGUUGUAAGAAGCACCUUGGCAGAGUGCUAUCUAUUUGGGAAGAAAGGUCUGUUUAUGAAAAUGAUGUAUUAGAACAACUUAAGCAAGCUUUGUAUGGCGAUAAGAAGCCUAGGAAGCGAACUUAUGAACAGAUAAAAGUGGAUGAAAAUGAAAACUGUUCUUCUUUGGGAUCUCCAAGUGAACCACCACAGACUCUAGAUCUCGUGAGAGCAUUACAAGAUUUAGAAAAUGCAGCUUCAGGUGAUGCAGCAGUUCAUCAGAGAAUAGCUUCUUUGCCUGUUGAAGUCCAAGAAGUAUCCCUACUAGAUAAAAUAACAGAUAAAGAAUCUGGAGAAAGGCUUUCUAAAAUGGUAGAGGAUGCUUGUAUGUUGCUGGCAGAUUACAAUGGCAGAUUGGCGGCAGAAAUAGAUGAUAGGAAACAACUCACUCGAAUGUUAGCAGAUUUUCUUCGCUGUCAAAAGGAAGCCCUUGCAGAGAAAGAGCAUAAAUUGGAAGAAUACAAGCGCAAGUUAGCCAGAGUUUCCCUGGUACGCAAAGAACUCAGGUCCCGGAUCCAGAGCCUGCCAGACUUAUCUCGAUUGCCCAAUGUCACUGGCAGCCACAUGCACCUGCCCUUUGCAGGGGACAUCUACAGUGAAGAUUGAUGACCAGUCUCUUUCCAUGGCCCAGGACUUUGCAAGAGAUGGAGACAGGUUAGGUGGAUAGUCCUGUAGCAUUAUUUUUGUAUAUUGUUGAGAGAGUGAUGCUAACAAAAGAAAUGACAAGUAAUUUAUAAAAUUGUUUAAAAUGUUGAUUUGUUUACUAUUUUAUUGGUAAGUUAAACAUGACUUAGUUUAAACAAAGUGAUGAUCUCUGUGUAUUAAUAAGCUCACAAGUAGUGAUUAUUUUCAAAAGAUCUUUUUGUAAAUUUCUUUGAUCCAGGGCCUUGUGAGAAAGUCCAUGUUUCUAUUUCUUCCUGUAUUUUCAAUUGUUUUCUUUAUUAAGUAUCUAAUCACUGCAUACUAUGUAAUUCCUAAUGGGGAAGAACUAAUCAGGAGUUGGUUGAGAUUUUAUUGUUGUAUAGUUAGGACUUGAUUAUAGAAGGGACUAAAUGUUCCAACUUAAUCUUCACCCUUCUUCCCAACCAAACUAUCAGUUCUCUGCCUCUCCAUGCCUUUGAUUCUGUAUUCUUAGAGGUCAGUAAUUUAACACUAAAUAUGGAUGCCACUUGCCUGUCAGAUCAAAGCCUACAGAACUUUUCCCCGACAGCACUGUAGGGGAUCCAUUCCAACUGCC